AUGCCUAUCACCGCCGGUGACGCUUCUCCUGGUGCAGCCAUGAAGGCUGAGAUCAGCGACUACACCAAGGCCCUGGAGGUCUUGGAGACUUACACCACCCGUGAUGGUCUUGACGCGGAUACCCUGCUUGACUCUGAUAAGCACGGUGCAUUGACCUACAACGAUUUCUUGAUUCUCCCCGGUUACAUCGGUUUCCCCGCUUCCGAUGUCUCUCUGGAUACCCCUGUUACCAAGCGUAUCUCUCUGAAGGCCCCCCUUCUGUCAUCCCCCAUGGACACUGUCACUGAGCACAACAUGGCCAUUCACAUGGCACUGCUCGGUGGUCUGGGUGUCAUUCACCACAACUGCUCUCCCGAGGACCAGGCGGAGAUGGUCCGCAAGGUCAAGCGUUACGAGAACGGUUUCAUUUUGGACCCCGUCAUUCUCUCUCCCACUGCCACCGUUGGUGAGGCCAAGGAGCUGAAGGCCAAGUGGGGCUUCGGCGGCUUCCCUGUCACUGAAAACGGAACUCUCAAGUCCAAGCUCAUUGGAAUGGUCACCUCCCGUGACAUUCAGUUCCACCGCGAUCUCAACGAGCCCGUGACUGCCAUCAUGGCCACGGAUCUUGUCACUGCCCCGGCCGGUACUACCCUGGCCGAGGCCAACGAGGUUCUCCGUCAGUCUAAGAAGGGAAAGCUUCCCAUCGUGGAUUCCAAUGGAAACAUUGUCUCUUUGCUUUCUCGCUCUGAUCUGAUGAAGAACCUCCACUAUCCUUUGGCCUCCAAGCUUCCCGAUUCCAAGCAGCUGAUCGCUGCCGCUGCUAUUGGUACUCGCGAGGAGGACAAGCACCGCCUCAGACUUCUUGUUGAGGCUGGUUUGGAUAUCGUUAUCCUGGAUUCCAGCCAGGGUAACUCCAUGUACCAGAUCGAGAUGAUCAAGUACAUUAAGAAGAACAUGCCCGAGAUCGACGUUAUCGGUGGUAACGUCGUCACCCGCGAGCAGGCUGCUGCGCUGAUCGCCGCCGGUGUCGAUGGCCUGAGAAUUGGCAUGGGCAGUGGUAGUGCCUGUAUCACCCAGGAGGUCAUGGCUGUGGGUCGUCCCCAGGCUGCCUCCGUGCGCAGCGUUGCCUCAUUCGCUGCUCGCUUCGGUGUCCCCUGUAUCGCCGAUGGUGGUAUCCAGAACAUCGGCCACAUCGUCAAGGGUCUGGCCAUGGGUGCUAGCACCGUCAUGAUGGGUGGUCUCCUUGCCGGUACCACCGAGUCUCCUGGCGAGUACUACGUCAGCAACGAGGGCCAGCUCGUCAAGGCCUACCGUGGUAUGGGCAGUAUCGCCGCCAUGGAGGACAAGAAGGCCGGUGCCGGUUCAAAGGACAGCAAGGCCAGCAACGCUGGUACUGCUCGCUACUUCUCCGAGAAGGACCGCGUCCUUGUCGCUCAGGGUGUCGCUGGCUCCGUCCUUGACCGUGGCUCCGUCACCAAGUUCGUUCCUUACCUUGUUGCCGGUAUCCAGCACUCCCUGCAGGAUAUUGGUGUCCGGAGCCUUACCUCUCUGCACGACGGUGUCAACGAAGGCACCGUGCGUUUCGAGAUGAGAAGUGCCAGUGCUAUGACCGAGGGUAAUGUCCACGGUCUUCACAGCUACGACAAGAAGCUUUACUCCGUGCUCCUCGUAUCAUCAAAGAAUGAGAUACUCCUUCUCCAUCGUGUGAAGACUUCUACCUCCUUUGCGUCUGCUCAUGUAUUUCCAGGUGGCAACCUAUCUAGCCAAGAUGGGGAGUGUCCACCACCGGAGGAUCUCGCCCGACAUGAAGAUUCCCCAAGCUAUCGACGUGCAGCAAUCAGGGAGCUCUUCGAAGAGAGUGGAAUUCUCCUAGCCAAAGACCGCAACACCGGGAAGAUCCUUGCUGUCGAUGAGCCUAUCCGAGAGGCUGGCAGACGGCUCAUUCAUCAGAACAAGACCACGUUUGAUGAGUGGCUGAAGCAACAAAACUCCGCUGCUGAGCCAGAUCUAGACCAAUUGAUUCCCUUUACUCGCUGGAUCACGCCAACCAAUGUCCCCAAGCGAUAUACGACCCAGAUGUAUCUCUACUUCUUGCCGUUGCCCACGAAUGUGGAUAAGAAUAUCCUUGCCCAACUCCCGGCAGAGGGCGAACAUGAGGAGCUCGAGAUUCCAACAAGUGACGGUGGAAUCGAGGUUACAGAGGCGCAGUUCCUUCCAGCCUCAGAGUGGAUUCAUCGUGCACAAAAGGCAGAAAUCAUUCUGUUCCCACCGCAGUUCCUUCUUUUGCAUUUGGUGUCCGGAUUCUUGGACGUGGAGCCUCGCGCAGGCGGUUCCGUGGAAGAAAUGGAAAAGCGUCGCAAGGCGCUUGUCGAAUUUGUUCAUUCGGGAUCUCCCCCAUGGACAGACAAAUGCAUAUCCCCCAAAAUGAUCCAAAUGACCAGUGAUGGGCAAACCGUGUUGGGUCUACAUGAUCCAGGACCAGAGCUGAAAGGAUCUUCCAAGCAGGGAGAAUCUGAGAGAGUUGUACUUGUGCGGUUCAAGAAAGGCAGCGCAAGGGAGGUGUCUGUGAAAUGGAAGAAGGAUAUUUUCAAGGAAGAGAGGGAAAAGAGCAACUUAUAG